GGGCUCGGGCUGCAGACGGAGAGACAGACAGAGCGAUAGACGCUGCUGCUGUCUCGGAGUUCUUCCCGAACGCGCGGUUUCUAAGGGCCUUAUCCCACCGCAAAAUGCAGUCGGGUGUUUGCCUGACCGGUUUGUUUACAGACCUUACUAAUCUAAUUGCAAUUAAAUCAGUUGAGCGCGAUCUUAAUUUUCUCUUUUUGUCCUAUUUCCCCUCAGUCUAGCCAAGAACUCUGUCUCAGAUAACGCUUUUUCUCCGUGUCCCGAGGGUGUGCCUUACUUCUUGCAUAUCAGUGCAAGCCUUCCGUAGGGGUGUGUGUGGAUUUAUCGGGGCUCGUGUGCCGCAUUCGCCAAACCCCGAGAGCACGUAGUCCAGCACACAGCUCUGUACAGGCAGUGCACGGGGGCACCAGCAAACCCACUUCAGGCCACACCAUCCUUGCAUUCCAGCGUUCCUUUUCCCUAAGUUGCUUUUCAGGAUGUAUAUUUAAUGUUUGUCAGAAUUCUGUGAGGUAAUCGUAAUCUUGUGAAAAAUAUAACACAGUUGUAGCACUGUACAUCUGGCUCAGUCACCGGAAUCUGUAAGCAGCCACAGCUUCUGGAACUCCAUGCUCAUUUGAAUGGUUGUAUCAGUACUGCUACUAUGAAGAAACUCAUGGCCCAGAAGCCAAACCUUCAGAUCCAGAAUGGAAUGACUGUGAUUGACAAAGGAAAGAAAAGAACCUUAGAUGAAUGUUUUCAGAUGUUUCAGAUCAUCUAUCAGGUUACCACGAGGACUGAAGAUAUUUUGCUGAUAACUAAAGAUGUCAUUAAAGAAUUUGCUGAUGAUGGUGUUAAGUAUCUGGAAUUGAGAAGCACUCCAAGAGAAGAAAAUUCCACAGGUAUGACCAAAAGGAUGUAUGUUGAAACCGUACUUGAGGGUAUAAAGCAGUGUCAAGAAGAAGGCUUGGAUAUAGAUGUAAGGCUGUUAAUAGCAAUAAACAGAAGACAUGGCCCAGCAGUUGCUAAACAAACUGUUAAACUUGCUGAAGAGUUCCUGCUUUCCAGUGAUGGGGUUGUAGUAGGACUUGACCUCAGUGGUGAUCCCACUGCAGGACAUGGUCAAGAUUUUUUGGAACCGCUCUCUGAAGCAAAAAAAGCAGGUCUAAAGCUGGCACUGCAUCUUUGUGAGAUUCCAAACCAAGAAGAGGAGACCAAGAUUCUCCUGGGCCUGCCUCCUGACAGAAUUGGACAUGGAACAUUUCUCAACUCCACAGCAGCAGGUUCUGAAGAGAUAGUGUCAUUGGUUCAGCAGAAUCAUAUACCUAUUGAAUUUUGCAUGACAUCAAACAUAAAAUCUCAGACAGUGCCUUCCUGUGACAAACACCAUUUUGGAUACUGGUAUAGCAUGGGUCAUCCUGCAGUGCUUUGUACUGAUGAUAAAGGCGUCUUUGCAACUGAUCUAUCGCAAGAAUAUGAGCUGGUUGCAAAAACAUUUAAUCUGACUCGAUCACAGAUGUGGGAUCUUUCCUAUGAAUCAAUCAACUAUACUUUUGCUUCAAAUGCAGUAAAAUCCAAGCUAAGGGAACAGUGGUGUAAGCUGAAGCCAGCUCUGUUUGAUUAAUCAAACUGUUGUCCUAAAUAGCUCGGGUGUAUUAGCUGAGUUAAUAAGCUUUUUUUACUGAAGUCCCCGGCUUUUUUCAGACCUCAGGGUUUUAAACCCAGCCAUAAACUGCCUGUGUGAAAUGAAGGCAACUGGAAUGCAUCCCUUGUAACUGGGGACAGAAGUAAAUGUUCUUUUGGGAGGUGAGAAGGGCUCUCAGCCAGUGACUAAAAUGCCAGAUGUGUUGUCACGUUGUUUCUCUUGAGUUGAUAUGACAUUUUAAAAAAUACUUAGUUGAAAUAUGUUAUCAUAAUAGAAACAUUUAAGAGGUGGAACAAAAUAAGAGCAGAGCUGUUGGUGUUUAAAACAUCUCUGCUGGCAGCAUUUGGCCAAGCAGUUUGAAUGUGCGGUGUGUAUUUUUGGGGGUUGUAUUGUUUAUAGGUUUUAAACUCUUGAUUGAAUGUGAAGACAGAAACAUAAACUCAGGGAGAACUAAAUAUUUAUACCAAGGAUUUAAUAUUGUAUCUGGUUUUAUUGCUGUAUGUGUAUGACUAAAGCUGCUGUGGAUUGAGUAGCAUGUGGGGAUUUCUGCUGGUGCCCUGGGCACUGGUGGUGUGUAGGCACUUAAGAAACUUGAAUGCCUUCAAUAACUGAACUACUUGGCAAAGUGGUCUCAUUCUUAAAAUGCUUUUUAGAAUUGCUGUUUGUUGUGUAAAAAAAGCAAUAAAAAUAUGCUCAAGCUCCAUGUUUUUGAAACCACCA